UUGUAACACCUUCCUAUAAAAGAGAUAUACCUAAUUUGGACAUAGCAACGGAAUUGUGUGAAUUGAUCGAUAUUCGAAGUGGAUACAUAAUGGGAAUACGGAGUCGUAAUACUCAUUUUCCACCGGAUUGGCGUUAG